CGGGGGGCCAGUUCUCCAAGGAGCUAUGGUCCGCGCAGGGGGCGCCGCGAGGAGAACCGCCAACGCCAACGCCGACCCGGGCUGACCGAGGUCGCCGCCCACGCCGACCCAGGCCUUCGCCGGCGCAGCCCCGGCUCCCUCAGGUGCAGGAAGCACCUGGGUGGAGGCCUCCUUUGGGAGAGCCAGAGAUGGCAUCCGUAGACUUCAAGACCUACGUGGAUCAAGCCUGCAGGGCUGCUGAGGAGUUCGUCAACGUCUACUACACCACCAUGGAUAAGCGGAGGCGCCUGCUGUCCCGCCUCUACAUGGGCACAGCCACCCUGGUGUGGAAUGGAAAUGCAGUUUCAGGACAAGAGUCCUUGAGUGAGUUUUUUGAAAUGUUGCCUUCCAGUGAGUUCCAAAUCAAUGUGGUUGACUGCCAGCCUGUACAUGAUGAAGCCACCCCAAGCCAGACCACAGUCCUCGUUGUGAUCUGUGGAACAGUGAAGUUUGAAGGCAACAAACAACGCGACUUCAACCAGAACUUCCUUCUGACUGCCCAGGCCUCACCUAGCAACACAGUGUGGAAGAUAGCAAGUGAUUGCUUCCGGUUCCAGGACUGGGCCAGCUAGUAGAGCUCUGGAGAGAAACACAUCUCAAAAUGUGGGGACACCACUUCCUUUCUGUUGUUGUGGGCUACGCUGCCCAGGGUGAACGCUGCAUUUGCUCAAGUCCAAGGAGCCCCUUUAUGAGUAUACUUAUUUGUCAUAGUUGCCUUUUCGUAGUACAGUUUUCUAUUUUUCUACUUGUCCAGUAGAGACCCUGGUUCUGGAAAUUCUGACAAAUAAAAUAAUACUACAAAAAAAAAAAAA